AUGUCGUACACGAUUCGCAUCGCCACCCUGUGUCUCCUUGCUUCGGCUACCGUAGCCCAACUGAGCCUCGGCUCAAACGAGCAAGCCGCCACUGACUGCCUCCAAUGCCCCAACCCAAUCGGAGACAUCAAGGCACUGGCUUGUGCUGUUGAUUGGAUCUCCAAACUGCGUAUCCUCAACAAGACAACCACUACCAUUGGAGGACAAACUGUUGAUGCUUACACCCUGGAACAUCUUGAUAUUCUGAAGGGAACCCUCGAGAUCCCCUCUCUGAUGAUUGUGCCAAAUGGCCCCUGUGGACUCGUGCUCAAUGUUGAUGCUGAGUACCUCAUCUCUGGUGUUCUGGCUGGAAAGAGCGCUCUUUUCACGAAUCUGUGCCUUCAAAUCCUCCAGACUGCCGAGCCACUUCUCGACAAGGUCAACCAGGGACUUCUUGGAGAAGUGUCUGAUCUUCUCUGCAGUGUCUUUGAUAUCCUUCCCACCCUUGACACGUGGUUGGCUGGAAAUGGAGGUCUUCUCGGACAUCUUCUUGGAGCCAACGGAAAUCCGCUUCUCGAUGGUAAG